AUGGAUGAGAACCCAGGCCCUCACCACGAGGGUACGCUCGGCGCCCUCUCUGCCACGUCGGCAUCGCAGCUCUUUGCCAAUUUUGCCUCCUACGAGCCCAUCUCGCGAGCCACCACCCCCGGAAUCCCCUGCUCCAAGUCGGAUGAGGAUGACAAGAAGAGAUAUCGCCCUCGCACAUUUGCAUACUUUAAUCAGUUGCCCUUCCUCGUCGAGGAGGAGCAGCAGCGCGAUGUCGCACUUCAAGACAUCCUCAAGCAGCUCUAUAUUGCCAUCCGCGCCGAAGACUUCUCCCCUGGUGCCCUGCAUUGGACAAGGGAACUUCAAGGCUGGCUCAACCUAAAGUUUGAAAUGACGCGCGAGCUCAGAGCAAAGCUCGCCAAGCUGUAUUACUCUCUCGCACUGGCCCCGGGCUUGGAUUCCACGGCGGCCGACCGUUUUUUGCGCAUGGUUGUCACGCUGACAAGAAAAAACCACUACCUGAAGCCGGGUGAGGACUUGACACUCGAUUGGAGGCCGCUCUGGAAAGAGGUCAAGACUUGGGUGUUGCCCGCCGAGGUUCCUUCUCAUCAGAGCAGCCGCCGCCGAUCAUCAAAGCAGCUUCUAAAGCUUUGCACCCAUGUUCACACAUACUUUGACCCAAAGGAGCGUCCAGAGAUGCUGCAAGAAUUCCUGCCAUUCUUCAGCGUGCACGAGUUACCAAAUGCUUUCAUUGUCACUGGAGUGCUCAACACGCUGCUACCUAGUCAUCCGGCACCCCCAACUGCCCUCGCUGCGCAGCCCGACGCCUUCUUUCCUACCCUCUUUCAUUUGUGGUCUAUCAUGAACCGCUCAAAAGUGGUCGACAUCUUCUUCAUCGACAUGUUUUCGAGGCUGGCGCGAGAUCACUUGCAUGCUGCUCACGUUCCUUUUGGCGAACAUGGCAUCUUCACCAAGGCGCAAUCUGAUCUCAUCUUCACAACCAUUUUGCGACUGACACAGAUCCCCGUUGGCCAGUCCAACUCCCCCUACUCGCCGCUCGAUUAUCUGUCUGGUGCCGGCAUGUACAUGGAAAAGGACAAGAAAAAGUAUCCAAUUGCAUACAUGAUGGCGCGUUUGAUUGUCAGCUCGCUGUCGCCGGCCUGCUCGGGUGAAAAGGACUCCGUCAUGUCAACACUCGAGGGCCUAAUGGAGUCAAUCGACACAUUCUUUCACCCGUCUAAUCAAGGCGCAUGGACGUCUCUUCUUGGCCAAUUGACGCUCUUUCUGACAGAUGCGUUUGUUUCUCGCUGGAAUCGAGAGCAGAGCGGCGAGCUCGAAAUACCGCAAGAGCGCAAGAUUGACGGGGAAUUGAAAAGGCGGUUCGUCGAAUCGCUCAAGGAAGUAACAUUCAUGGGUCUUUUCUCCAAGAGCAGUCGGGUAUCCCAUUGCUACUAUAAUGCGCUGCAAGGGCUAGCUUACCUGGAACCCGAUCUUGUUCUACCUGGUGCAUUGCAAAGGUUUUAUCCUAGUCUUCAAGGCUUGGUUGAAGUUCACCGAACAACCUCGAGCCUGAAUAGCUUACAAAUGAUUGCCAAUAUCAUGUCCAAGCUCAAAGGCUAUCGAUGCCACAUGACUGCUCUCCUGGCGCUGGCUCUCCCUGGCAUCGAUGCCAACGAUCUGAGCAAGACACAGUACACGCUCAACUUUAUCCAGAGCGUCGCCUACAGUAUUCCCUUUGCUUCAAUGGUUAAAGAAGAUAGUGCUGUUCACGAUACUAGUCUGGCUAUGCAAUGGGUUCAGGCCGAAAUGGAUCGCAUGGAACGAGAUGGCCAGAACGUUGUCAUCGACUACGACGCAGAACUUACAGACGAGGAUGAGGCCAAUAUUCUGCGAUCAUCAACUGCAGGCUUUGGCGAGUUCGUCAUGACUCUGCUUGGGAAGGUGUUUACUUUGCUCGAGAACCUGCCCGAUGCGAAUCAGGUUCGUGGUGGGACCCCUGAAGACAAUGUUAUUAACGCGCUUCCGGCUGCGCUAUCGCCCUUGUUUGCGUCAUUAUCGCCGGACUUGUUUGAUAUGGUCGUUGAAAGGCUCGCAACGUUUGUGUCGUCGCAUGUUGUUCACCAGGCGCGAGAUGCCAUGGCUUGGAUUCUCAAUGCACUCUGCAAAGUGAACCCGGAAAAGACGCUAAAGAUCUUCGUUCCCAUGCUUGUUGUCAAUAUCCGCAACGAGAUUGAUCACAACCAUGCUGCAUCUGAUCGAACAUCGGGCACCGAUUACCUGCCCCGCGACAGAGCCCUAGUAUGGCACGUCACCAUGUUGGCCAUGGUAGUUGUCCACGUCGGACGAGAGGUUCUCAGCCACAAGGAUGAACUUCUCGGAAUUGCUGGCUACAUGCAAGAAAAGUGUCGUGGCCUGCCAACUAUUUUGGUGUCCAACUACAUCCACCACCUACUCCUGAAUCUAACUCACACCUAUCCCAUUGACCAUGCCCUGUACGAGCCAGAGGUUUUCAAGAGGGGUCUGGAUAUCUGUGACUGGGGGAAGACAACGGCGCCCUCUGAUUUGACUAUCAAGUGGCAUCAACCAUCGCCGCCCGAGGCUGAGUUUGCCGUGGAGUUAUUCGCAGCCCAGACCAAAUCCAUCUCCAAACAACUGGCCCUCCUUCUUAGUGAUAACCCUCCCGUCAGCCGUAAAGGCAAGAAUAAGGAGUGGUCCGAUGAAGUCUCACGGCUGAUGCAGCAGAUUCGUCUGGUGACGUCAGGAAUGUCUGUCAUGUUUGAUCCAAAGCGCGCGUCUGGAGUUGCAGUUGACGAGAUCGAGGAUGAUUCCGUUGUUGACGCUGACAAAGAUGAGAUGAUGGUUGAUGACGAUGAUCCUCUUGCCGAGGUCGCCGAUGAUGAGGAGCUGAGACCCCAAUUUCGCUAUCGUGCAGGCUAUCCCCUCAAGCGAGAUGAUCCGGCUUACGAGCGGACGCACCUUCUGCGCGAGGAACUCGGUCAGCUGUUGACAAAGGCACAUGCCUUUUUGGUUGAGCAUCAAGAGGACGAUGUGAAUUGCUUCACUGCGCUUUGCUCCGCGUACCGAACAUGGAUCACAGACGUCGGUAUUGAACGCUCUGCACACCCUCUCGAGCGUCACUUGCGGCUUUACAAGGCCGACAUUGCAGCCUUCAAGGUCAAGGGACUGAGAAAGGUUUAUCCACGCCCUCUUCUCAUCAAGAGAGCAGAAGCCUACUUGCUCUUACGUCUGAAGCAUAACGCGUCUUCCAGGCAAAAGAGUGAACUAGACAAGCAGCUUCUUCUUGAUCUGACACAAUCCUGCCUGUCUUCUUAUGCCGACGUUCGCCGUGUCGCUCAGAACGCUCAAGAUUCAUCGCUCAAGGCUCUUGUAGGCGGCAAGCCACUUGUAAUUCCGCCGCUUCUGCAGGGACUCAAGAAAGCACUCCAAGAAAACGAUCAUGAUCGUAUCAAAGGCGGCAUGUACUCGCUUUUCUUUACAUCGCUUCUGAAGACGUUGUUAAAAGACUGGAGGUUUGCUCCAGAGGCGAUGAGACUAUACAUUGAAACCGCGCGCAUCGACAAGCCGUCCAUUCAGAGCCUGGGAUCCUCUGCGCUCUAUUCGCUAAUCGAAUUUGGCAAGCCAUUUGAGCGAGCUAUUAUUGUAGACGAGGACGUUGUUGACACUAUCCGUCCCAAAGAAGACUCGACAUCCGCGAUUGACUCGCGACACCAGUUCAUUCUUCAACGUCGCAAGAGAGUGGAAAAGUCAAAAGCAGCCCUGGGCCUGGAACUCACUAGAAAGGCCAAGGAUGCACACUGGAAAGUCGCAACCAGAUGUGCCAUCUUUGCAGCCAACUUGUGUCUUCGAUUCGACACAAUUGCACCAGCUGAAUUCAUUGCCUUGGUUGCGAACGGCACAAACGACCCUCACCCCAGCCUUAGAGGCUACUAUCUGAACGCUUUCACGUCCAUCUUUACCGCCGUCGACUUGCGCGCUGUGUAUGAGCAUGACUACCGCAAUUACUUGCUCGAGAAGGAGAGCAAGGAUCGCAAUAAGAUCACUGUCGAGGUAAAGAAGGGUGAUGCUGAGUACACCAGAAAGUUUCUGGACUCUUUCAAAGACCCCAACAAUGCAGAAUACAUGGUGGAUGCGGAUCACCCUGGUUGGCUGGUGUGGGGCAAGUCUUUCUCUGCCUUCCGAGCCAGGCCUAUGCCAUUUGAUUCGUACGAUGACAAGGAACGCGCUGUACGUUCUCAGAUUGGAAAGAUUUUAAACAAGGACUGGUUCCGUCAGUGUUUUGAUUAUUUGAAACAAGAGCCACGAGACAGCUCAGCAGACAGAUUUCGGAUGAGCAGCGUUUAUCUGCUGAUGCAUGUGUUUGACUUGAUGCAUUACGAAUCCACGGCUGUCAAUUUGGAGGAAAUCAAGGAGCUCAUGGUCGAAGUGUAUGGUGACGGCAGCGACAAACACCAACAUCGCGCGACUUCAGAAAUUCUCGGGGCAUUGUUGGCCGGAUCCAGCGAUGACCCGCCAGCGAUCCGAAACAGAGUGUGGGAGUUUGCAGCACCCAAGAUUCUGGAGAUAUUUGCCGACGGGCUUACUCCCGACAACCUGACGUAUUGGAUGACAUGCUUGCACUUCAUUCUAGACUGCAAGGACCCUCGUCGCUCUCAUGAGCUAGUGGAUGCGCUGCGUGGCUUCCGCCUAGACAUGAGCUCUAAUGCUGCGUUCAAGGAAUCUGCCAAAAUUCAGCUGGUCGAGUUCGCCAUUGCUGAUGGUGGGUGGCAUUUCCGUGGUACACAGCCUAUCCUGGACAACUUUCUGGCACACCUGGAUCACCCUUACAAGGCAGUACGUGAGUCGAUGGGCCGAGUAAUCUCGGUGAUUUACAAGUCGAGAUACCAUGAGUCGUUUGAGAGUGUCAAGAAGCUACUUGAGGAAAACAAGGCGGACUCGUCUAUCGGUAUCCGACCUUACAAGCCCGACGAUGAGUUCAGUGCUGUGAUCAAAGACGUCUUUUCGCGGCUGGAGAAGUGGAGGCACGAGCGCGCGCCAGGCCAGCAGACGCAGUCUUCGUAUACAGCGGGUAGCAAGACGGUAUUGAUGUGGCUGGACUGCGCCUUAUCAUCGCACGAAUGUACCCAGCUUGUGCCGUUCUUUUCUACGCCGUUCAUGGAUGAGCUACUUCACAUGAUGGACGUCAAGGAGGAUCCAGAGCUGAUGCGCACUGCGUACCAUGUGUAUCGUCAUUUGCCCAACAUUCCAUUCAGAGACGGUGAAGAUGCAGACUUCAUCAAAGGUUUGGUUCGUAUAGGGCGUAAUGCCGCCAGCUGGCAUCAGCGCCUUCGAGCUCUUGUCAAUAUGCAAGUCGUCUACUUCCGGCGCAUCUUCGUGACGGAGAAGAGCCUUCGAGAUGUUUUGUUUACCACAGUCUCGGACAUGCUCAGCGACUCGCAGCUGGAAGUGCGAGGGUGUGCAGCUUCAACAUUGGCGGGCAUGAUCCGUUGUUCGCCUCGGCGCGUCCGGGACCCAUUGAUUGAACAUCUCACAGCCAGAUUUGAGAGAGAGCUAGCGCAGAACCCCAUGCCAAAGCGUGGCCCCAAAGUAGCUGGAACAGAUACACCAGUGGAUGUGCAGAAGCAGAUCACGCGCCGACAUGCAGCCGUCCUUGGAUUGGGCGCGUUGAUAGAAGCCUUCCCGUAUGCCACACCGCCGCCCAAGUGGAUGCCCGAGAUUCUCGCAACCUUGGCUCGUCGUGCCGCGGGCGACCCUGGUGUGGUGGGUAAAGCAGCAAAGGGAAUACUAAGCGAGUUCAAAAAGACUCGACAAGAUAGCUGGACUGUGGACCAAAAGUACUUUACACCUGAGCAAUUGGAAGAUCUGGAAGGUGUCUUGUGGAAGAGCUAUUUUGCUUAG